ACCUGGCUCUCUUCCGCCUCAGGCAUUGCUAGAGAGAGAGGGGGGGGGGGGGGGAGAUCGACGAGAGAAUCAGGACCUGUGUCUGUGUGUGAGGGAGAAGAUUCCUGAGGCAGCAAUAAAGAAGGGGCUUUUAUUGUUGUAGAAAUCGACUCGCGGAAUCGCAGAGAGCCAGUCAAGGCUCUGAGAUGUACUGUAUGCUAUUUGGAUUUCUGCUUUUUGGCGGCGAGAAAGCAGAAGAGAUUGAGUGGGAAAAGGAGCGAUAAUCUCUCCGGAAAUAUAUCUCUGAUCAUUUUGGAUCCUCGGAAUUGAAUUCCAUUGACUCUAAUACCAGUGAUUUCAGCGACUCCGUUAAAGGAAGUUUUUAAUCAGUUCCUUUCUAUGUAUCUCUGUUUUCAAAUUCAGUACCUCCCCCCUUUUCUAAAACGUUAUUUGAAAUUGCACUGCAAUUAAUUCACUUCCAAGUUUGAAAUCAACUUUCAACAUAAAGGUCGGUUCGUGAACCGUCGUGCGCCAGAAAAAGACAGCGAUCCACAUGGCCACAACGGUAUUGAAGGAAUCAAAGUCGCUAUGCGCAGUGGAGACGCAGACGACCAAGGCACUAGUUGGAGAGGUGGUGGAAGCCGUGUCAGUCAAGUGCUAUUGCUGCGGAUUAUUGGAGGAAUGCACGCAGGCUUACAUUGCUCGUGUGCGCGAGAGGUACCAAGGUCGUUGGAUUUGUGGGCUGUGCGCAGAGGCGGUGAAGGACGAAUCAUUGAGAUCAGAAAUGGACAUCACCAUCGAUGAAGCGCUCAAGCGACACAUCAAGUUUUGCCAGCAAUUCAGAUCUUCGAGUCCGCCCAACAAUCCCACAGAGGAUUUGAUUCUCGCAAUGAAACACCUCCUGCUCCGGACUUUGGAUUCUCCGAGGAAGGAGGGGCUGACGUGUCGUCCGCUGGGUAGAUCCCAGAGCUGCUUCUCAUCCAUGCCGGGCACUCACCCAGAGGCCCACACUGAGUAACCGAUAUUAAAAUGAUGGAGGAGGGGAAAAACUGUUCUGAUUCUGACAUACAAGGACAAGGGAAUCAGCUUUCAGUGUGCUGGGCAAAAAGCAGUGUAAUUAGCACUAAUCUCUGACGUGUGUGUUUAUCUUCUUAGCUCCUGCUCUUGAUUUGACGGUUUAUCUUUCAGUUUGCUCGAGAUAUCUCAGUAAGAACUGUGUAUGUCUUGUUAGCAUGAAUCGUUCUGAUUAACAAAUGUUUUUUUUAAUA